GUGUUCAUGCCUUUGUCGCAGGGUCGCAGAUCUUAGUCUCAUGCUCAACCUCCAAUUCAAUCGUUCUUCGCACUUCAACCAAUUGGCGUAAAGGAGAUCGAAGCGCAGGUUUUUAGCCAAUCAGAAGAACCGAGGGGUGAGCCUCGGACGGCUGGUGCGGCAGGGAGAUGGAGGACGCGAGGGAUGACGGACGCAGAGUGCAUCGAGAACAUGACGCCGAACAGGUAGCGAAACUUGUUGAUAUGUAUGGAGGCCUGGGUAUUGGGGGUUUUCAGGAAGAAUGGCUGAUUGAAGAUGAAGAGGAAGGAGAAACGGAGCCCGAGGCAGUGAAAGCAAAAGAAUUUCCAGUGGUUGGGAUAGUUCUCACGGACAAGGUCAUUCGAUUUCCGUUCUUCAGGGAUAAUAAUGGCAUCCGGGCAAAGGUAUCUCUAUAAAAGAGAUCGGCGAACGGAGGUAUCUGUUUAAAGUUUUCAAUUUAGUUGAUAUGAAUCGUGUCUUGGAUAAUGGUCCCUGGUUGUUUGAUCAGAAUUUGAUUGUGUUAAAAGUUGUUCAAUCGGGUGAUAUUAUGAGUAAAAUGUUGCUAGAUGAGUUUGAGAUAUGGGUACAGGUUCAUAAUGUACCGUACAAUUUUGAAAAUGUGGGAACAGCUAGGAGGAUUGGGAACCACUUGGGGGAAUUUAUCACUUGGGAUGAGCAAAAAUUUAAUGAAAAAAGGAGACUUAUAUGUGUGUGAGAGUCCUGGCAAAUCCUUAAAGAUUGGGACCACGUUAAGAAAGAGCAAGGGAGAAGGGUAUUGGGUAGACUUUAGGUAUGAAAAGCUAUCAAGUUUCUGCUUUUGUUGCGGUGUGAUUGGACAUGCAGAGAAGUUUUGUCCUCUUUUGUACGAAGAUGAGGGGCAAGCUAUAACCAGACCUUUUGGACCAUGGCUUAAAGCAAGUGGAAAAAAAGUAAAGUCAAACAUGGGCAAUAAAUGACUGGUUUUGGAAGGGAGCUCUUCUGGAAGGGGCACAUACAUAUCAAAUAUUGCGAGGUCAGUGCAGGAGGGGGACCCGAAUGAGACAGAAGGGAGCACCAAAUCUGGUAUAGGGAAUGUUAUGACCUCAGGUGGGAUACAAGAGGAAGGAGCGCCAGGAGAGUUGAAGGGGAAAUUAACUUGGAUGAUCACUUUACUUUCAACUAAGUUUCAAUUUGGUCACAUUACUUUAAUUUGUAUCAUUUUGAUCACUUAAUUAUAACUUUAGUUGCAAAUUAAUAUAUCAGGCCUAUUAAGUUGCCGGAACAAUGACGUGUUUAUAAAUGUAUGUUUUCUCUUUGAUAGUAAGAAUUAAUAGCUCCCGCAUCGUUAGUUUAGCCAUCUCACUCAGUUAUACUUAAAGUAUCCGACCUCAAGUAAAAAAGCCAAAAUUCAAGGAUGGCCUGUAAUCAGUCGGAUCAAUGAAAAUAGCCUCCACGGAUGAUGAGACCGCAGCCCUUGCGAUCGAUGAGGUCCAAUGAUGAAGGUUCUGGUAAAGUUCCAUUGCUUACUAGUUGAGAUUUUGGUAAGGGUGAUUGAGUGAAGAUGAGAAUGACAGAAGAUAGUACAUAGAGGGAGGAAAUAAGAUUACAGGUGAUGUUCUUCAAGGAUGGCCUGUAAUCAAUCGCUGGCGGGCUGGAUUUGUUUAAACAGGGGAGUGUAAGGAGGCUUAUCAGUGGAACUAUCAUUAUCAUUUGCAAUUUGAUGGUUGAAUUACAGUUAUUCAGUUAUUGAUCUGAAGGAACAAAGUGAAUGAUCUCUUUUUAUUUGGACUAUAAUUAACAACAGUUAUUGAAGAGGAUUGAGAGUCAACUCUAAGGACUUCUUCCUCUGUAUCCAAUUAAAAUUAUUUGGACUAUUUAACAACAGUUAUCCACUUUUCCGGCAACUAAAUAGGCCGGAAAUAAUUGGUUUGUAACUGAAAAUAAAAUUAGAUGAUUGAAAUGAAUCAAAUUAAAAUUAAGUGACCAAAUUGAAACUCACUAAAAGUUAAGUGAUCUUCCAAAUAAAUAUCCCGAGUUGAAGAGAAGAAGAACUUGGGAGAAACAGGCUAGAGAGGAUUCUGCAAAGGAUACUAUGGCGUUGGAUUCCCCAAAAAACGGGGUAGGGGCGAGCGCUGGCAUCCAGCCCUGCCAGAUGAUCUGAUGCUGAUUACGACUCUUUUAGCCGAGAACUUUAUUUACUCUAUUUAUUCUGCUUUAUUUAUUCCCCACGUACUGGAUGUUGUUUUUGUUUUGAUUUUGCUGUGUUUUUCCAGCAAAAAAACUAGUGAAUCUAAAACAGGAGAUGAGAAGUCAUGUGUGGAAGUCAUUGGCUCAGGUAAGCCCAAAGCGGGAUCAGCGAAUUAUAUGGCUUCUACAGAGGUGAUUAAUUCAGAGUCUGGUCCUUGGGCGGACGGUAGACAGGAGACUUGUUG